AAACAAAGCGCGUCUCCGAGAGAGCUUGAAAGUCCAAACCGGCAAGCGAGCACCGUCUGGGCCAGGAAGUCGCAGCUUCAAAGCAGAAAGGAUUCGCGACCCUUGACCGUAUUGUUUGGAUGUCUUCGGGCCGAGAGAAAAGGACUUCUGGCUUUCUAAUGGCAUGGAGGAAAUAACGGACCGAUUUACACACGAUUAUACUUUUCCGUGUGUUGCUGACUUUGCUUUACAGCCAAACAGCACCCGCUGAUGCCGGUUACGUUAACUCCGAGAUAAACUGUAGUCUCUGUACGGUCGCCGAGGACUUUUCUAAGCAUUUACAAAAAGUCGUCAAGUUAAAUUAGCUCCUGGACAAGUCGUUUAGUGACGGAAGAUUUAAAAUUCAACCGAAUAACCCCAAGCUGGUGUAUUUCAUCAAUAACAUUCCAGGAAAACUAUGUCGGUCAGAUUUAACUUGCCUAAUGUGUCCGAAGAUGACCUACACGUGAACUGUGCACCGGGGCGGCCGCUCGACAGUCCAGAUUCCGGUCUGCCCCCCAGCCCGAGUCCGAGCGCCUGGCUGCUGCCGGGCGGACCUGAGAGAGCUGGGCUCCGACCGCUCGCUGAGGAGGACAGCCGGAGGGCUCCAGCGCGAAACUCUUGCUGCCUGAAAACUCAGCAGACUGGCGCGGACCCUGUGUUUUCGCCGCAGUUUCGUCCUCUGUCCUAUGGGGAAGGAAUCGAGUUGGACCCUCUGCCACCGAAAGAAGUCCGAUACACAUCAUCCGUACGCUAUGACUCCGAUCGGCACUUCAUCCAUUACGUAUCGCUAGAACCCCGUGGUUUUGGCCUGGACUCAUGUAGCCAGACGAUCGUAGCCUUGUCCCACAACACUUGGAAGCACUACCGGACCCAGCUGCACCUGGAGCCCCGGCAGCGGGUACAGCGGUACCAGAGCACCACCAUCGUGUACCCGAAACACGCCAGCGCCGUCUAUGUCACGCACCUGCACUACGACUGCCGCAGGAAAGCCAGGCGCUUCCUCUCCAGCGUGGAGAUGGAGGCCGCGCAACGGGGGUAAUGGCUUAAGUUCUGAGCACGUCACCAUCUGCGCCGAGCGACACUACCGUUCACGCGCCUAAUUAAACUGCGCGCACCACCUGCCUUAGUAACGACUGCUGAACUUGGCAGGUUUGUUCUGAUUGACAAACGGGGUGAUAGCGGCCCUCUUUGACGUCACAACGUGGCUUGGAAUUACGGAAAUUUUCUGCGUGCCGGAGUUUUGUAGGAACGGGGGAAAAUGCGUCUUGUUGUCAGCUUGGGGUGGAAACUCUAAUGAAUGAAAUGCAGUGUAAUAUGAGACAGGCAGUUUAGUGUUAUUGUCCGAGCAGUGAGGCAUGGUGUGUUUAGCAGAUUUAGGGGAAGUGCAGCGGGGUCAGUUGGAAGCUGAAACGCUGUUUUCCAUCUGGUUUCUGUUGUUCUUUGCGUUUCCUGUACUGGCCCUACACACACACACACACACACACACACACACACAUGCACGUGAACGCACGGGGAACUCUGUGGGGUGUUUCUGCCCAGCCAAUGUCCCUUUCGGUUUGGGUAAUGUGUUCUGUUACCGGACGUAAUUUGGUCUUCACAAAACGUUUUCAUGUGGAACUUGUUGAUGGAAACUCAUAUCGCAUGGUAUUGCACAUAAAUUGCUUUAACGUGUUAUUUAGUAAGCACAUCUGUAGGUUUUUUUUUUUCAUGGGUUGUGUAAAGGGACAUUUUUGCAACAUGCUUCCUGUUUGUUUGAACUUAUUUAGCGCACAAUGAGUGAAGGUGCGGCUGAACGAAAAGCAGUGUAAUGUGUGACAGGACUUCGGUGAGUGUGCGUAGCUACACUGCGCAGAACACCCAAGGCUCACUAGCAUGUACAUGUCAGCGCAGAUUAUCUGACUGUGUUCCAGGCCUCUCUUUCCCUGCUGGCUUCACAGGCUGCGUGUGACAUUGCUGUGCACGAGCGAGAGGAGUGUGUAGACUGCCCCUAAUCUAACAGAGGCGCUUUGCUGGAUACUAAAUUUUCCCCACCCUUACGAUCCCCUCUAACCUUUAAUCCAGAUUAAAUGGCUGCUGUAACAGUGAUUGAUUGAGUAGAUUUCUCAAUCUGUGUUCCCAUCUCAUCAGAACUGUUCACAGUUAAGCAAGGUUGUGUGUGUGUGUGUGUGUGUGUGUGUGUGUGCGCGCGCGCGAGUGAGUGUGUGUGUGUGUGUGUGGUGGGGGGGGGUGUUAUUGAAUUUUAAUUUUAUUUUCUCUAUAAAUUGUACUGCUUUUCUGUAAUGUUUGGAAAGGUUUUGUCAUAGCAGCUAUGCAAAUAUAAUCUCAACUGUUUUAAUAAACUGUAUAAUGAUUAAUAA